UAGUGGGGAGUACAGACAGUGUGCCGGUCCAACAAAAGCCCCUGGGUCUGUUUGACUUGCUCAAGUGUGCACUGUGGAAGGUAUGUAAACGGCCAUGCCAAAAAACAUUAUGAAGAGGCACAAAUCCCCUUAACGAACCAUAAGAAAUCAGAAAAGCAAGAUAAGCCUCAGCAUACCGUGUGUAUGGAUUGCAGUAGCUACAGCACAUACUGUUAUCGCUGUGACGAUUUUGUGGUUAAUGACACCAAGCUGGGGCUGGUGCAGAAAGUCAGAGAACACUUGCAGAACUUGGAAAGUUCAGCGUUCACAGCUGACAGGCAUAGGAAGAGAAAACUUCUGGAGAACUCAUCACUGAACAGCAAGUUAUUAAAAGUAAAUGGAAGCACCACUGCCAUUUGUGCGACAGGUCUUCGGAAUCUGGGCAACACGUGUUUCAUGAAUGCCAUCCUUCAGUCACUCAGUAACAUUGAGCAGUUUUGCUGUUAUUUCAAAGAACUGCCCGCCGUGGAGUUAAGGAACGGGAAAACUGCAGGCAGGAGGACGUACCACACCAGGAGCCAAGGGGACAGCAACGUGUCCUUGGUGGAGGAGUUUAGAAAGACACUGUGCGCUCUGUGGCAGGGCAGCCAGACCGCCUUCAGCCCAGAGUCCUUGUUUUAUGUUGUCUGGAAGAUUAUGCCUAAUUUCAGGGGCUACCAGCAGCAGGAUGCCCACGAGUUCAUGCGCUACCUUCUGGACCACCUACACCUGGAACUCCAGGGAGGCUUCAACGGGGUGUCCCGAUCAGCACUUCUGCAAGAGAAUUCUUCUCUGUCUGCGAGUAACAAAUGCUGCAUAAAUGGCGCGUCCACUGUUGUCACUGCUAUAUUCGGAGGUGUUCUCCAGAACGAGGUCAACUGCCUCAUCUGUGGGACGGAGUCCAGGAAGUUUGAUCCAUUCUUAGACCUUUCAUUAGAUAUCCCAAGUCAGUUCAGGAGUAAGCGCUCUAAGAACCAAGAAAAUGGACCAGUUUGUUCAUUACGAGACUGUCUUCGCAGUUUCACUGACUUAGAAGAACUCGACGAGACAGAGUUGUACAUGUGCCACAAGUGCAGAAAGAAGCAGAAGUCCACAAAAAAGUUCUGGAUUCAGAAACUGCCCAAGGUGCUGUGCUUACAUCUGAAGAGGUUUCACUGGACAGCAUACUUAAGAAACAAAGUGGACACCUACGUAGAGUUCCCCCUGAGAGGCCUGGACAUGAAAUGCUACUUACUCGAGCCCGAGAACAGUGGCCCCGAGAGCUGCCUGUACGACCUUGCGGCGGUGGUGGUGCACCAUGGCUCCGGGGUCGGCUCUGGGCAUUACACCGCCUACGCAGGGCACGAGGGCCGCUGGUUCCACUUCAAUGACAGCACUGUGACGCUGACGGACGAGGAGACCGUGGGGAAGGCGAAGGCCUACAUCCUUUUCUACGUGGAGCGCCAGGCCAAAGCCGGAUCAGACAAACUUUAAUACCUCUCUAAAUCAUUAUUCAUCAACCCUACCGGACAGACAUUUCCAAUUUUCCAUAAAUACUUGAUCCAAGAUUUAAUUUCAUCGUGCACUUUCAGUUUCCGGCUCUGGACUUAGUGUUGUUGAUGGUAGUGACUUACUGAACAUGGGCACCAACUAAUUUUUUGUUGUUGUUCUACCAGAAAACCUCAGCAGAUGUUUUGAUUUGCUGCUUUAGUUGUAAUAAUUCAGUUUUUAUAUGUAGUUUCAAGAACUUAGUUCUAUUUGACUUUUGUAUUAAUGUUUUCAGCUCUCACAGAGGCCCAUUUACAUCCAUGCUUUCGUUACUCACGCGCUGAAAGUGAGGGGCGCUCCGGGGUGUGCAGGGGUCCAGGGCUGCCUCUGUGCCCACACCCGGGUGGCUCCCCACCCAGGUCGCAGCGCACAGGGUGGUGCCGGGAGGUUGCCUGGUGCCCUCGGUGCCCAUGGGCUGUACAGGGGCGAGGGCAGCGCAGCUCUUCAUCAGCACUAACAAUAAACUUGCGGUUCAGUUGUGACCUGCACUGCCAAUCCUAGAGUCACUGUUCCAGGGGCGUCAGCCAACUCGGGAGUGGUUUUGUACUUCGCGGGUAGAUGGUAAGAGAAGCCGGGCCAAGAUGCGGUGUUCACCAAGUCCCGAGGCUCAGCAGCGCGGCCUGGUGUCCCUGGAGGCCCUAGCUCGCCGGGUCCUCGUCCUUCAGCGUCACUGAGCCCCGCUUCCUCGGGGCUAGGCAGGUUGAGCUGUGACCCUGCAUGCUGUCACCUCCACGUCACUCUGGUGUCUGUGGACUAACAGCUGUCUUCGGUUUGUCCCAAGAGUACAGCAAGUUAAAAAUAUUCUCACUUCCACAGGCAGUUUAUGUUUUGGAACCCAGCAACUGGCUUGCUAACAUCCCUGGCAAGAACAGCUCUGAGCAGUACUCGGAUUUAACUAAAAUUGAGAUUUGGACCCAGAUUUGAAGGCAGCUGUGAUUCUCGCCAGCAUCCCAGAAAACCCUUCCU